AUGUGUUCGGUUAACACAAAAGUAAUUCAUGGACAAUUACAAAACUUGAUUCAAUACAUCACGGUAACUCAAUUAACCCCACAAAUCGUAACCAAGAUUGUGUAUCUACCGUCACCAGUGACCAUAUUGAAUCCAAUGACUCAGCUGAUUCCGAGCAAUUAUGCAACUCAGGAUCAAAUCAGAACGCCGAAAACUCUCGAACCAGUCAAAUCUCCUGAAACCCAGCAAUCGAUAUUGCCGACUUUUGUUAUGCAAUCUAUGGCUACAUCGUUUCCACAAACUAUAAUGCAACAAUCCAUUCCCCCUGUAAUUUCAAUGAUUUCUUCGCAAUUGCAAAACUCUCUGGUUUCCGCAUCGCACAUUAACACUCAAGCAUCGAAAUUUGAACCUGAUCCAAGUCUCACUACAAAUAUUAUCUCAGCCGUCUCUAAAAUUGAUACGAUUUUUUCGUUUCCUACGUUUCAAUAUACAACAACGCCAACUUUUACUUUUCCUACACAAACUACCACUACGACUCCUUACAGCACAGAAACAAAAACUACAAGGACAACUCCUUCCACUUUGACUUCUUCGACUACGACAGAAUUCUCGAUUACUUUGCCUCCAACUGGAACUGAGACUGCGAGUGCCUUGAGAAUUGUGCCGAAUCAAGAGUCAUCUCUAUUGUAUUUGGCCGGACUCCUGGGAAUAACAGCCUCAACUUUUCUUUUCUAUAUAUUCUGA